GCUUUUGUGUCAUCUUCUCCCUUUCUCCCUCCCUCUUUCUCUCUUUCUCUCUCUCUCUCUCCCCCCUCCCCCCCUCUGUCUGUGUUUGAGCUUGAAACUUGAAAGGCUUACAACACAAAAGCUCUCUCUCUUUCUCUCUCUCUCUCUCUCUCUCCAAGUCUGCAGAGAAAGAAAGAACUGGGUGGCAGCCUAUACAUAUAAAUAUAUAUGUGUGUAUGUAUGCAUGUAAGUUCUCUCUCUCUCUCCUGGGGUUUGAUAAAGAUUUAGGCCUUUGUUGAAGAAGAUAGCUCAUAUCACACAAAGUUCUAGCUGUCAAGUGAAGCUUUCGACACGUCUUACGACUGAACUCCCGCCUGAGGUUGGCUACCAUCGCAUGGCCGAUGACGCGAUGAUGAGAAGAAGAACGCGGCGGAGGAGGAGGAGGAGAGGGUUAUGAGAGAUUGUCACUUAUUGGCUUCAGCACCACUACUAGUUGCAACGGAUCAAAUUAGAUCGGAACGGGUAGAAUUGCAGAUGUCGAACUUGACUUCGGCUUCGAACACGGAAGCGAGCGUGAGCUCUUGCGGGAAUAGGACCAUUGAGACUACUGGAGGAGGAGUAGGAGGGCGGUCAAGUAGUAUGUAUCCUCUUGAGCAUCAGUACAGUAGUUUUCAUCCUCCACCGGCUCAGACUUCUCAACCACCUCUCAAGAAGAAGCGGAACCUCCCUGGCAACCCAGACCCAGAGGCAGAAGUGAUAGCCCUAUCCCCGAAAACGCUCAUGGCCACCAACCGGUUCAUAUGCGAGAUCUGUAACAAAGGGUUCCAGAGAGACCAAAACCUCCAGCUCCACCGGCGGGGCCACAACCUCCCGUGGAAGCUCAAGCAGAGGUCGAACAAGGAGGUGAGGAAGAAAGUCUACGUCUGCCCUGAGCCUAGCUGCGUCCACCACGACCCCUCGAGGGCGCUCGGGGACCUGACAGGAAUCAAGAAGCACUUCUCUAGGAAGCACGGCGAGAAGAAGUGGAAGUGCGAGAAGUGCUCCAAGAGGUAUGCAGUUCAGUCGGACUGGAAGGCUCACUCGAAGAUCUGCGGCACGAGGGAAUACCGAUGCGAUUGCGGGACACUCUUCUCAAGGAGGGACAGUUUCAUUACCCACCGAGCCUUCUGCGAUGCCCUGGCAGAGGAGAGCGCUCGGUCGAUUGCCCCGAACAUUAGUAGUAACGACCCGAGACAGUUCCUGCACCACGGGAUCGUGCAGCCCUCCCCGUCCUCCACCUCGAACCCGAACCAGCACAGUGGUUUCUUCAGUAAUUUGCAAAUACCCUUGCAGUUCGACCCGUUUCUCGCCAACCUUAAGAAGGAGCACGAGCCGAUCCAGCAGCCUUUUCCCGGGCUCAGACAUGACCUCAUGAUGCCCCCUUGGAUCGGGUCGGGUCAGGAUAACCCGUUCUCCCAUCAGCCAGUUUUCGCCGAGGGCACAAACCCUAGCCAGGGACCUGGCCAUGCGGGCGGAGUGGGCCCAGCAAUGCAAUCGUUCCAGCAGGCACCACCACUGCCGCCAGCAGGGCCAACCGCCGGCAGCAUGUCAGCCACCGCCCUGCUGCAGAAAGCCGCCCAGAUGGGGCACGUGUACUCGGACCCUGGGAAGAGUGCAUCAGCCGUCUUCGGGCUUGCCCUCUCCUCGUCAAAUGCCGAGGCUGCGAGUGGUCUCCACGCCCCGCCGCACCAGGCUGGGGGGCCGUCUUUGUCCCUGAUGCAGGAGAUGGUGUCGUCAACCCAGUUGCCCGGGACCUCCUACGACUUCCCACCGGCAAGUGGCGGCAGUGGUGGCGGAGGAAGAGUUGGGGCCGGCGGAAGUGAGGGACUAACCAGGGACUUCUUGGGCCUGCGCCCGCUCUCGCAGAGUGAGAUUUUCGAUAUCGCCGGCUUAGGGAACUGCAUGAGCUCUCCUCAUGACCCCCAGAGCCAACAUUUCCAGAAGCCAUGGCAAGGUUAAUCUGAGUACAUCCAACAUCAACCGACAAAGUGACUUACGGUUUAAGGUCGAACGGAUAUAUGGUGGGGGUAUACCGAUCGUGAAGUUCGACACAGUAUAUAUCACUUUUUUAAUGCGAUAAUGAGCAUGUCCGUUUCACGAAGAGUGGUGGUCUAGAGAUUUAUCUGAACCUAUGGACCUGUGGGGUUCGGGAUGCUCCGUAAGGAGUCCGUCCAUUAGCAAUAAAAACACAAGACAGGUAAUUUUGAGAAUAUUUCAUUUCGUUUUUCAUUUUCAAUAUAAUAGUGCCAUAGUAGUAUUAUUAGCUGAAUUAAAUUCCAUCUUUUGUCUCUUUCUUUUCUUUCACUCAUAGUGCCAAAUUACGUCCCAAAGGGAAUAUGGACUCGUCGGAAUAUAUAUUCUUGAGAGAUACACCAA